AAAGAUCCUUAUUGUUGGAAUAAAAAGAACAUUAUAAUAACAAGUAAAUUUCGAAAUGUCUACUUUUACAUAAUUUCACAACCGGUUAAAGUUUUAGUUUCCUCCAUGAAUAAAUUAAACUUAAUUACAAUACCGUCGGCGUUGGUGAGGCUAAACGUUCAAAAGAAGCUAUGACAGUCAGUAUCUAAUACUUGGAAGAAUUGUCGCUGUGAUGGAUCAUUGGGAAGGAAAAGUCGCAUUGGUCACUGGAGCGAGUGUCGGAAUAGGCGCAUCAAUUGCGAGAGAGCUUGCGAAAAAUGGCAUGAAAGUGAUUGCCGUCGCACGAAGACUAGAGAAAUUGCAGGAAUUGGCAGCAAAUAUCAAAGACGAAUACAAAGCCGAUAUUUAUCCAAUGCAAUGCGACGUCCAAAAGGAAGAAGACAUCCUCAAAGUGUUCGAAUGGGCCCACGAGAAACUAGGAGGUGUUGAUGUAUUGGUUAACAAUGCCGGCGUGGUACAUCUUGAGACGAUUAUAGAGGGAAAAACAGCAAACUACCAUCACAUUAUGAACGUAAACGUGAUAGCGGCAGCAAUUUGUUCACGGGAAUUAGUGCAAUCCUCCAAACGACGCAAAACACCGGCUCAUAUCGUUAAUAUCAGCAGCAUGGCAGGGCAUUGUCCUGAGCUAAUUACUUACCCAAUAAGUGUCUAUGCUGCCAGUAAAUCUGCUCUUAAGAGCAUGGCAGCAACUCUACGUAAUGAAUUGAUAAACUCCAAGCUUGACGUAAAAGUCACGAACAUCAGUCCCGGAUUUGUAGAGACGGAUAUGAUAAUGAAUGUUGAAUCUUAUAUUAAAAAGUAUGAUAUGGGUCUUCUACUAGCUAAAGAUAUUGCAGAUAUGGUAGUUUGUGUUUUAAGUACACCACACCACGUGCAGAUAUAUGAAAUGAUUGUCGUAUCGCAUAAAAUUUCAACUAAAGCUUCACCGUUGGUGUUUAAUAAAUAAUUGUACCGUGCAUGUUUUGUUAUGAAAGUGUGAAAAACAUAAAAUAUAUGAAGAUUUUAUUGGA